GCAGCAAGCACUCCUCUUUUAUAACUACUUCUCUGCUAUGGCGGUCCCCGUUGCUCUCAUCCAGGGUGCCAGCAGAGGGUUAGGGCUUGAAUUCUGCAAACACAUUUUAAAAAAUAAAAGCCUUGCUGUUGUCAUCGCGACAUGCCGAAACCCUGACGGGUCCUCCGAGCUCCGGGGCCUUUCAGGCCAACACCCGGGCAGACUCACGGUUUUAAAGCUGGACGUGAACCACGAGCAGGAGAUCCUUGAAGCAGCAGAGCAGGUUAAGCAGAACUUUGGUCGUCUGGAUCUCCUCAUCAACUCCUCAGCGAUGCUUCACCCUUCCAAGAGAGGAGAGACCAGCCUGAGGGAUGUUUCUGCACAGGGUGUAAUUUCCACUCUGACAACCAACACUGUGGGUCCCCUGGUGAUGGCCAAAUAUUUUGCUCCCCUCCUCCAGAAAGGCAGCGGUGCUUUUGGACAGCAACCUGCAGUGAAAGCCAAGCAUCACAGCGGCAUCAUCGCCAACAUCACAGCUAAAGUGGGGUCCAUUGGAGACAACGGACUUGGGGGGUGGUACAGCUACAGAAUGUCUAAAGCAGCUCUAAACAUGGCUACCAGGAACUUAUCCAUAGAGCUGGGACGCAGUCGACCCAGGGUGGUGUGUGUGUCCAUACAUCCAGGAACAGUCAACACAGACCUCUCCAGACCUUAUCACAAGAAUGUUCCAAAAGAGAAGCUGUUUAGUCCCGAACACUCUGUGAGCUGUCUGAUGAGCAUCAUAAAUUCACUGAAUAUUGACAAAACAGGAAAAGCGUACAGCUGGGAUGGGACUGAACUGCCUUGGUAGAAUCAAUAACUGGGAAAAAAAAGAGUUGUGCCCACUGGUGUUCUCUGUACGAGCUCCUCAAGUGAAAUGUGCUGAAGGAGAAGCUGCACAAGACGUACCUGAUCCAGAUGUUAAGCUUCAGUCUGAUAAGAGUUAUUUUUAUUGGAUUAGGAUUCAAACAUCGGCUAAAGCUGACAGCCCUCACAGCGACCUCAAAUAUCUCAUUAUUGUGAUACAUGUCUCAAAAGGAGAAGUGAUUUGGAAAGUAGAGGUGUAGCAAAGUCCUGAGAUUGUAAUAAAAUAUUUGAAAUUCAAAAAAA